AGUUCGCAGUGACAGAUCUUUCCUCAGCAAAAUCUCAUACAGGGAAUCCUGUGACAUGUUAUUCAUCAUAUUUUUUGGAAAGUCUUUGCUUGAUACCGCUAAAAUAAAUAUACAUAGCAUGAAAAACCAACAAAAAUGGACUAUCUUAAAGCAUGAUAUUUUCAAAGAUUUGAUUUCAUAAACCUAUGGUCGUUUUCCGAGGACUCGGUGGCACAUUUAAAAUCCGCGCUAUGGAGUGCCCGGGUUUUCGUUUUUGCUAGGCUUAAAAUCCGCAAGAACUAUACAUGAUCUUGAAUCGAAGGAAAUUUUUUGAUUCACAAAGCUCCUGCUGGCCUGCAUUGCACGAGACCAUCCGCAGAUCCUUCACUAAAUAUAGAGAUUCAGAACCCAUCCUCGACUUCCCGCGUGGGUGCCUCGAAUCCUAACGCAAUCUCCUCUUUCUCGAAGUGGCUUGUCGAUUUCUGGUCGAAAGGAAUCGUGGGUACUGCGGAUUUCUUCCUCCAUCUUCAUUUUUCCCUCGUCUGCCUCGCCCUCUUUCUCUCUCUGUCUGUGGAAGUAGGAUGACGUCGGUGAAGAACACUUUGCUGCCUCCGUCUCUCGUCUCGAAUCUGCAGGACGUUUUGAUGAAUAGGAAUGGCAGGGAAGACGCGGGGGGGUCGAAGUUAGAGGAAGGAACCGAGGGGUGUGUGGGAACGAAUGAGGAGAGGGAGUAUCAAGAAGGCAAACCCAUCGUUCUCGUCACUAAUGGUGAUGGUAUCGGCUCUCCAGGGCUCACAGAGCUCGUCGACGCGCUUGUCCGCAGCAGGCAGUACGUCGUUCACGUCUGCGCGCCGGAAUCGGAUAAAUCGGCGUCCGGGCAUUCAGUGACGUUGCGGGAGACGGUUUCUGUUAGCUCUGUAGAAGUCCAUGGGGCUUCGGCAUAUGAAGUUUCUGGAACUCCUGUUGAUUGCGUCUCUUUAGCAUUGUCAGGGUCAUUGUUCUCUUGGUCUAAGCCUGCCAUGGUGAUCAGUGGAAUUAAUAAGGGCUCGAGUUGUGGUAACCACAUCUUCUACUCAGGUGCUGUUGCAGGAGCCAGAGAGGCCUUACUAUGUGCUGUGCCUUCCUUGUCAAUUUCACUGAACUGGAAUAAGGAUGAAAGUCAAGAAAGUGAGUUUAAGGAGGCUGUUGAUGUCUGUUUGCCAUUAAUAAAUGCAGCUAUCCGAGACAUUAAGAAAGGAAUCUUCCCAAAAAGAUGCUUUUUCAAUGUCGAGGUCCCUUCUACUCCUGCUGCAAACAAGGGUUUCAAAAUCACAAGGCACAGUCAGUACCGAUCUGUUUUGAGUUGGCAAGCUGUGUCAUCAAGCAGGUACCCAGCUGGACAUUUCAUGUCCAAGCAACAAAGCCUAGGCAUCCAGCUUGCACAACUUGGAAGGGAUGCCUCUGCAGCAGCAGCUGUUCGUCGCCUAAAUGCCCAAAAGAAGACUGUGGAGAUUGAAUCAGUUGCAGAACAUGGGAAACCUGAACCUCAACGAGGAACUGCUAGAAAGUACUACCGUCUAGAGUUUACAGAGAAAGACCAGGAAGCUGCCGAUGAAGACUUAGAUUUCAGGGCAGUGGAGAAUGGCUUUAUAUCGGUGACUCCUUUAGACUUGCUAGUGCAGUGCGAGACGGAAAUGUACAAUUCUGCAUCAGAUUGGCUUGCUGCUGCACUUGCUCCCAGUGAUGUGCAAACAUCAUGACUAGAUGGUCCAUUAUUGUGUAUAAAUUAAGCGGGAUAAUUGAGGAAAGAGGCAUUGUAAUUGGUCCUCUUUUCAGCUUCUUAUAUGGCAAAUGCAUGCCGAUUUAUUUUUUCUCGGUUGUGUAUUUUAGGAAUGCUUUCUUUGUUUGUUUUCCUAGAUUUGACAUGCUGUACAAUUUUUGGGUGUCUGGUAUCCAGCAUGCAAAUGUGGGAUUCGUUUUCUGAAGCAGAAAAUAUAUUCAAUAGUUGCUAUUUUAAUCUUC